AUGGACAAUAUUGAAGCGACCAGACAGUACUUGAAAUCUAGCUUAGAAAUAUCAGGCGCCAUUGCUUCUGCAUUAGAUGAUUCUGGUUCAAGACUGGAGAUACUUAGCCGAAAAUGCCAGUCCUUGGAAGCUUCACUCAGGCCUAUCUGUACGCAAGACUUCUCAUUUCUUGAUAUGGGAGACCGAAUCGACGGUGUUUUAUGUUCUGCUGCUGCAGUCCUCAAGGUGUUUGAUGCAAUUCAUCCCCUGGAAAAUUCUCUCCUGGCUGACCCCAGUUCUGAUCUUUGCACUUACGUCUCAGACACAAAGAAGUUUGAAGAAGCCCUCAAGCUUCUCACUGAUAAUUGCACAUUAGCACUAGGGUGGUUGCAGGAAAUUUUGGAGUUGUUGCAAGACAAAGCUGUCGUCUCUAAUGAGUUUUCCUUAUUGAAUGUGAAGAAAUCUCUGAGAAUAUUACAAGAAUUGCAGGCUAUGGAGGAAGAUGCUCACCUUGAUGGAGGCCUUCUUAGUGCUGCUUUUGACAAACUAGAGGUUGAGUUCAAGCGGCUUCUGAAAGCUAACUCGCUGCCUCUCCCUUUGUCUCCAUUAACAUCAUCCAUUAACCAGCAAACCACCAUACCAGCUUUACCAGCUUCUCUCACGGGGAAAUUACAGGCCAUUAUUGAGAGACUACAUGCUAAUGGCAGACUAGACCGGAUUAAAUCCAUAUAUGUUGAAGUUCGAGGAAUGAACGCUCGAAGGAGCUUGCAGGCUCUAGAUUUGAGCUAUCUGGAGAUUCCAACUGCAAAAUUUGAGGAUAUACAUAGCAUAGAGAGUCACAUAGAACAAUGGGGUAAGCAUCUGAAGUUGGUUGCAAAUCACCUGCUUGAGAUGGAGUACAGGUUCUCCGGCAAAAUCUUUGAGAAAAUAGGUGCAGAUGCAUGGAAGGGUUGUUUUGCCAAGGUUGCCAUUGAUUCAAAAAUCCUCUCUUUCCUUCAAUUUGGAAUAAAUGUUGCCAGGAGCAAAACUGACCCCAUCAAGUUGUUGAAGCUGCUGGACAUUUUCAGUAUCUUGAAUGAUCUGAGACUAAAGUUCAACCAGCUUUUCAGUGGGGAAGCUUGUGAAGAAAUCAGAACUGUGACAAAGGAUCUUAUCAGCAGAGUCAUUAACGGUGCUUGUGAGAUAUUCUGGCAGCUUCCUGCACAAGUAAAAUUGCAGAGGCCAAGUUCUCCUCCCUCAGAUGGCAGUGUUCCUAGGCUCGUAAGCUUUGUCACCGACUACUGCAAUGAGCUACUCGGAGAUACUUACAAGCCACUUCUGACACAGGCUCUGGAAAUUCAUCUAAGUUGGAGAAAUGAAGCAUAUGAAGAAAGCAUCAUUUUCGCCCAAGUUUUUAGCAUAGUGAAGGAAAUUGCAGUUAAUUUAGAUGCAUGGUCAAAAGCCUAUGAAGAUAUCACUUUGUCUUAUGUCUUCAUGAUGAAUAAUCAUUGUCAUUUCCACAACUUGAGGGACACUAUGCUUGGGAACAUGAUGGGAGAUUCAUGGUUAAAAGCACAUGAACAAUAUGAAGACUAUUAUGCUGCUCUUUAUCUGAAACAUACAUGGGGAAAGCUCUUGCCUAUUCUGAACAAAAAGGAUAUACUUUCAGUUGCAGUUGCAGUUUCAUCUUCUGAUAUGGCUAAGAGACUGAACACUUUCAAUGUGGCAUUUGAUGAAAUGUACAAGAGGCAAUCAAAUUGGGUAAUAUCUGAUGAAACCUUGAGGGAGAAAGUGAGGAAGCAUAUAGUUGAAGGGAUGGUGCCAAGUUAUAGAAGCUUCAUGAAGAACUACAGUUUAACAAUGGAGAACGAUGAGAAGGCUGUGAAGUGCACAAAAUACACAGAGCAGAAUUUGGAGAAGAUGCUUUGGUCCUUAUUUGAGAUGAAGAUAACCAAGUAUGGGAGCAUGAAGCAAGUACACUUUAUAAGUAAAAUAAAACAAAUGAGUGCUCAAUUGUUCACCUUAGCUACUACUGUGUAA